ACGAAGAGAUAAUCAUUAGAAUUUGGAAUUCAAACGUAAUCCCAAAUAUAAGGGUUUUUCAUUGGUGAGGGGUUACAUAAAUUGUGUGUUCUUUGUGUAGUUGUAUUCCAUUUUGUUUGUGAAGAAUGUCGGGGGGGACACCCGUUGCAGGUGGGUUAAUGAGACAGAGACAUAGUCAGGGAUAUGGCUCCAGUGGAGAUGACCUUGAGGACGAUGCUUGCUCAAGAUUUCAGCAAGCGACGCCUCAAAUCCCAAAGGCAAGGACAUGGACUGAGGUUGUGGAGAAUGUUCUUUGGAUUGCCUCUGCUGCAUUCAUUAUUUACUUUGGUGAUCGACAUUCUAAUCUCAUAUAUCUUUUAUGGUGGGAUGAUAGGAUUAGGAGGUGGCCGUUAUAUCUAGGACUGGCGGGUAUUGUUUUGAACAUUGGGAUCAUAUUUUACACGAGUCUUCUGGGAUGGGGUUUCAGGAAAUCUGAAGACAAAUUGGAAAUGUUGGCUCCAUCUGCUGCACCAGUUGUGGCUUUACUUGGGCUUCUUUCCUUUUGCUUGUGGUGCUUUGCUUUGUGGCCAAUUUGGAGUUUUUUUACCCUCCCUCUUCUGUUCUCAUUGUUAAUGGCUUGCAUAGUUGUAUCUCCGUACUUGAUGAUUGGAAGAUUGAGGCCUCAAACGGAUACACUUCGUACAGAUUAAGCUUUGCUCAAUGUCGAAAUUGUAGUGAUGCGAAGACAUGGGGUUCAGUUCAGAAUUCUGUUAAAAAGCAGAUGGGUCGCAGGACUAAUGAAUUUUUAAUGGUUUUGGUGGUUGGCUUUCUCUGAUGAUGAUGAUGUUGAUGUUGCCAAUGAAGUCGUUUACAUUACACAUAACAGAUUUGUAUCAUGACAUACGAAACAAACAUAUGCCAACAAGGUUUGCUGCUGAAGAGUCUUUGAAGGGUAGAUCGUCAGUUUUUGAUUACUUCUACGGGCAGAAGUAAACAUUACUAAAGAAAUGAAACCUGUAUUUUGGCAGUGGGGUUGGUAGUGGGGAUGGAUGCUGAGGUUUUUGAGUGUAUUGUUUUAUACACAAUCUAUCCUAAUCAGAUGUGGUAUCCUCUCCUUUGGUCUUUGAACGAUUUUGAAGAUUUUUAUAUCUUAGACUUGUGAGUUGUAUUCUUUCUCUACUUGGUUGAAAUUGUUGCUGUUAUGAACU